AUGUCUAAAAGUCGCAUGCCCCUUAUCCUCUGCGCCGGUGGUGCCGGUGCAGUCGGUUACUACCUGUACAGCGCAGGUGGUGACCCCAAGGUUGCAGGAGACAAGAUGAAGAUCGAUGCCGAGAAGGCCCGCGAGAAGCUCCCUGGCAACGAGAGCGCUGAGAAGUUCGGCAAGGACAUUGGCAAGGACGCCGGAACCAAGGUUGACGAAGCUAUUGCCACUGCCCGCGCCAAGGGCGAGAAGAUCCCCGACUGGGCCCAAGAGGGCAAGGAUAAGCUCGACGGUCUUCGCGACGACGCCAAAGGCAAGUUCAAUGCCGGUUUGGAUAAGGUCAACAACAGUGUGGACCAGGCGGAUCGCACAGUCGAGCAGAAGGCCGCGGAAGCCAAGGGUACUGUCUCCGGCUGGUUUGGAGGCAAGAAAUAA